UUCCCCCCCGUGUCAUUCUUUCCCCUCCUGCGGUCUGAUACUGUGGCUGUCUGCGUCUGGGUGUGGGGGCACUUUCCUCUUCCGUGCACUGCAUCCUUCCUUCCCAUACUUCCAUUCCUCUACAGGACAGAGGUGUAGCAUAAUGUGCCCUCUCAGUAAUGACUCGGUCCUGUCUGCAGGCUUCCAAAUCGAUACGCCAGACAACCUGGGGAGGACGUGUCUGCAUGCCGCAGCUGCAGGCGGGAAUGUGGAAUGUGUGAAGCUAUUGCUCAGCAGUGGAGCCGAUCAUAACCGCAGGGACAAACAUGGAAGGACCCCUCUCCACUAUGCGUCAGCUAGUCGACACUUUCAGUGCCUGGAGACUUUGGUGUCCUGCGGUACCUGCAUUAAUGCCACUGACCAGUGGGGGCGCUCUGCUGUGCACUACGCUGCUGCUUCUGACCUGGACAGGAG